UGACAGGAGAGCGUCUCACCUCUCAAGGAAUAAAAUCUCGCUAACGCUUAUUUUUUUAUACUUUUUGGGGUGUAGUAACAAGCGAAAUGGAAAGUGUCCAUACUAAUUAAUUUCCAGUAGAGAUAUAUUUACAAAGUUUACUGUUAUUUUCGGAGGAUACGCGUUUUUUUUGGAUUCAAAUGGACAGAUAGCCAUCCUCUUUCGUGUGCCAUGCGGGAGUAAUCCUUCCCAGGGGGUGCCAUGCUAGCCACACAGAUGCCAGAUACGCCACCUGAGGCUAAAGAUGUCAAACUGAUCAAAGAGAAGUUGGCGCAGUCGCUCAAGGCCCUGCAGAAGCGAUACGUGACAUCAGAUGCGGUGGUCACCAGUGAGGAUGCUGAUGCCAACCUCCUGUGUUGUGCCCUGGAGGCCAUCUUCAUCCAUGGUAUCAAGACCAAGUAUAUCCGCUCAGAAGCUGGGGGCCGGGGCAGAAAGGGAGACAGAGGACCCCUCCCUCAGCCCUUCUUCUGGAGCCUCCUCAAGACUGUGACCCACCGGGAUGUGAUCACAGAGCUAGAGAAAAUCAGCUUCAUAGGCACCGACGUGGGUCGCUGUCGAGCGUGGCUGCGUCUCGCACUGAACCACGGCCUGCUGGAGUGCUACCUCGCCUCGCUGCUCCGGGAGGACUCCAAGCUGCGGGCCCACUACCAGCCCAGUGCCUUGCUCCUGAACGAGGAGGAGCGGGAGGUCCUGCUCAGCUACCUCCAGGGUUUAGCUUCACUCACAUUCAGCCUUUCUUAUAAAUCAGCUGUGCUUAACGAAUGGACCACCACACCUCUGAGUCUGGCUGGACUCUGCCCCUUGUCCCAGGCAGACUCUCUUGACCUGCCUCUUAAUGGCGGUGACCUUCCCAACUCUAAGCAUGUUUAUAAAGAUUCAUGGGACACUGUGUCACAGUCCUCAGGCUCCUCGGAUGCUCUAGAUCUGCAGAGAGGUGCAGUUCUCAUAGGCAGAGGGUCAAAUGGAUCACAAGCAGGAAGGACUGCACUGAACUCGUCUAAUUUAAGCCUGGACACCACAGGCUCCUCUCAGCUCUCCUCCAGUUUGAGCUCUGACAGUCUCCUGCAGGGGCAGGACCCCCGCAGCCCCACAGGGGAGCAGUGGUCCUCAUCUGACCUGGAGAUGCCCAUUAAUGUCAACCAAAGCAGCACCAAGAGGACACAGAAAGAUUCUCUGACUGAGUUCCGGGAGAGUGGCCACUGCAGCCAGGACUCCAUGCGGGAAGACUCGUUUGUCUCCAGCACGGGUCCAGAUCAGUUCUCAGAGACGGCCAUUUUCAGCGGCUCAGACAGCGAGACCCCUGCUCCAACAACACCACCCAGUGACCAAACCCAAAGCUCAGCCCUGCCUGAUUCAGAGCAGCCACAAAUAUCCCUCGAACUGCCAAUAUCUGAUGAGAACCUUGUCAGUUCUUCCUCAGAAGCAUGCAUCUCUGUGCUGCCUGAGAUCAACUCAGACCCAGAUGUGCUCUCAACUGUCAGUGAGCCUGCAGAGGAAGUUUAUCCGAGCAGAGUUCAGGAGAGUCCGGAGCCUGAACAGAAAGGGAAAGAAGCUGAGACUACGGAGAAGAAGGCUGCUGAGUCUUCUGUUCAUCAAGGUGCACGUCGAUCUGCCAGCAUCCUGAGCAGGAAGUUAUCCUCAGACUCUCUAUCACACUCCCGUUCCUGGAUCUCAGAGGACGACUUCUACAAGCCACAUCUGGAGGAGGAAUCGGACCACGAGGAAUCGCCUCCUCCUGCUCCUACAGCUGAACUGAAGGCAUCUCAGUCAGCCCCUAGUGUCAUCCAUCGCAGACAGAUAGGGCUGGCUAACCCGUUCCGGGGUCUGCUGAAGCUUGGUCACCUCGAGCGUCGAGGUGCGAUGGGGAUGUGGCGAGAUUACUACUGUGAGCUGUCACCCUUUGAAUUCCGAAUGUACCUCAACGCCGAGGAGCGAGCGUGUUACGACAACUGCUCUCUGGUGAGAUGUGAAGAUGCUCGCAUCACUUCGCCUGAAGGACGCUUCGAGCUGGCCUUUCCUGGAAAACGACUUUACCUCCGGGCAGCGAACCGGGACGAAGCUGAGGACUGGGUGGACCGAAUUGUGGAGGCUGUUAAUAAAUGUCGGCCUGCAUCUCGUGUCGAUGAUACUUGGGAGGUUCUUCAACCCUACAGUGAGAACGGCGUGGAUGUAUCAUCUUCGUCUUCUGCUCUCUCAAGUCCUGAACGAGGUUUAGCAUCGUCAGAGACAAAACCAAAUGGAGUGCAGGAGUCUGCUCCCUCUCUGCAGGACUUAGACUGGACGCGGACUACUGAUUUAGAAACAGAUGCCAUCAAAGAAGCUGUUCUGUACUUCUCCACAGACCCUGAGGCUAGGACAUGGGCACCUCUAGUCUUUUCUCUCUCUUUGGAGGCUUUAAAAGGCUUUCAGGUACGAGACGGGAGGAAGCUUCUGCGGCUAACCCACCCAAUCGAGGAAAUCCGUGAUGUGGUGCCUGAUGUUUCAAUGGGGGGACCAGCUUUCUUCAAACUCCUGACUGUCAAAGAGACGCUCAAACUCAGGGCAGAGAGCCCGGAUGAGGCUCGCUCUUGGAGGAAUUUGAUCCGUGGAGCUCUGGACGCAUAUCUGGAGAGCGGGGAGGAUGGGAGCGUAGGGGAAGCGCCUGUAGUGCAACCAGAGGUGAAUGGAAACCUGCACAGACUGGUGCAGCACAGACUUAAAGAAGAUGGAGCUUUUCUGGUUCAUCUGUGUACUGUGCCAUCAGAGAAAGGGCUGGACGCUCAGGGCUUCAGGUGUGCAGGGUGUCCCAGACAGAUCGGCCCGUCUCUGGGCAGAGCCAGGCUAUGUGAGUUUUCAGGCCUAUACUACUGUGACUCCUGUCACCAUGGAGACACCUCCAUCAUCCCCUCACGUGUGGUGCACAACUGGGACCUCACACAGCGAGAGGUGUCAAAGAAAGCAGUACGGCUGCUGGUUAAGGUGGAGCAUGAGCCCCUGCUGAACCUGGAGCAGCUGAACCCCGAUCUGGUACUUCAUGCUGAGUCUAUGGCUCAGGCUCACAACCUACGACAGAGGCUGCGUCUGCUGGGAGACUACCUGCUCGCCUGCCGCAGCGGAGCCUGCAAGAAACUCCAAGCCAGAAUGAAGCAAAGAACGUACAUGUUGGAGUCGAGCCACCUGUACAGCGUCAUGGAUCUACGACAGAUAGCUGAGGGCCAAUAUGCAAACUACCUGCUCACACUGCUGCAGCACGCCUCCAACCACGUGUUCCAGUGCGACCUAUGCACCCAGCGAGGCUUCAUCUGUCAGAUGUGCCACGCUAAUGACAUCAUCUUCCCUUUUCAGUUUGAGAUCACCACUAGGUGUAAGGACUGUAAAGCUGUGUUUCAUCUCGCCUGCAAGGCUCCCAGCGACCCCUGCCCUCGCUGCUUACGGAUGAAGAAAUACCUGGAGAGAGAUCUGCAGGACUGAGCAAUGCUUCUGGGGUCGGUUUCGGACCUCCUUGCUAGAAGACGGCUAUUUGAGAGAAAGAUAAUAGGAGAUUGAAAUAAUAUCUAGCUUUUACAUGAAGUAACCUCAAGUGCAAUUAUGAGUGACUCGCCUGCUAACUGACCUUAAAACUGGAGAGGAAGGUGUAGGAGGAACAGUGCUACAGUAGCUACAGUCUCUUGCACUAAUUCAGAGGCACAUUAAGCCUUGUGAUGCUGAUUUAACGCAGCCGAAUGUUACUGACCAGUGACUUUAAUACCUCUCUGAUUGACUCAGCCAUGGCAUCAAACAAAGGACUGAACGAUGGCGACAGGUCCUGCCAAGAAUCUUAUCCUUCACAUUUUUACAUUGUGCUCUUUAUUUUAUAUCUUUAAUUUCCUAUUCGUGUCAGCAUCAGAAGAAUCAUGUUUACCUGAAAUGCUCAGCAGUGCACUCAUGAAAGUGAAAGUGCAAAAUAUGGGAGAAAGCAGCACUUGGAAUGUUCUAAUAAACAUAUUUUGAUUGUGCCUUCUAUUUUAUUUAAGCUUUACACUUGUUUCUUGGUGUGUCUUUAAUUCAGGGUCAAAAGCAUCACAUAGGCUGUUUUUAUAAACAUGAUUUACAAUCACAAUAAGAGGGAGUUAUUGCAUUAGAUUUCAUUUUAGGUUGAAGUAAUAUGCUUCAGACUUUUUGGGAUGUUUUAUCUUUGUAUAUCUCCUCAAAAUUAACAAGUUUACAAAAAACGCAUCUUAAUUGUUCUACUUAUAUGGUGUACGUACCAUAACAUACAGCUAGCAGGCCGUUUUACUGAAUAAUGACCAGGUAACUGUACUGUUCAUAUUCCACUGCUGCUUCAUUAAGAAACAAACACUUUGGUUUUAAUAAUUAAUUUUAAGUUGGAAUUGAAAUCAAUUGUGUAACUUUGACUAAAAAGAUAACAGAAUUUAGCUCAUAGAGACAGUCUGUUAUUCUAGUAUAACUGAAUGUAGGAUUUUGUUGUCAACCAAUCAGAAUAAAGUCAACCGAAGUGUUGUAAUAAACCAACAAAUAAAAAAAAGUGGCAGAAACAUUUCUUAAAGUUUUUUAAAAGCCUUGAUUGGAUAUUGCAUUGCAAAAUAUUUGCAUAUUUGCACUUUAAUCUACGACUGUUAAGAGGAUGUUUUACCUUAAAUGUAGUCUUAAUAUCCUCUAGCAUACAAAAUGUACCCUCUAUUCUAAACAGACCUCCUUUUGCAGACAUUUUUAUUUUCAUUUGCUCUACUUUCCUCUCAGUUGUAGCAUUAAACACAAUGUAAAUGUAAGAGAAUCUGAAGAAGAGAAACAUUGAAGGUUUACAUAUCAACUCUUCGCUUGAUAUCUGCAGAUAUUACCAUUUGCAAGUGUCGAGAACAAAAUACUGCAGUACUGUUGUUCGUGGUUUAUUUUUUAUUGUCACUUCAUUCAUUAUGUAAGAUGUAUAAAUGAAAAUAAUGAAAUAAAUAUGU